AUGAAUUCGAAAUUUCGAUUUUUCUUUCUUUUAUUUUUGCAGAGAUCUGUCCAGGGCGUCACGACGGAAUGCGCGGACGGGAGCGAUCUGUGCGUCGACACAGCUACCUGCGAGCAGAGCGAUGUCUACGACGGCUACACCUGCAUCUGCCCAGCAGGCGAGAUCGGCAACGGCUUUGAGCCGGGCUUCGGCGGCGAUGGAUGCACGGAGACCUGCGAUAUGUUCACUGUCGAAUGCUCAAAGACCUUUUUCGAGCUGACGCUGGAUAAGACAUGUUCCGGGACGUAUAGUUUCUUGAAAGCUGAGAAUUUCUACAUUGGCGAGUUGGACGGUUCCGGCGCUGUCCAAACUGGAUGCGACUUUGCAGACUUUGAUUCAGACACGAGAAAAGCGCUGGUUUUAUUCGACAGAUGCAAUACUAAUAUUCAAAUUCUCGGAAGCUGGAUUUACUACACCAACAAAAUUUCAUACAAGUCCGACAUUUCCGGCCUCAACUUCUUCCGUCCAUUUUCGGUCACGUGCAAAGUUGCUACUCUUGGUCACACGAGUUCUAUCACUCUUGAAACCGCUAGCGAAACGAGCAUCAUCGGCGAGAUCGAAGACGAGAUCAUUUUCCACGAAUUCGUCGCGUUAGAAGUAAUCAACCGACCUGCCGGCGCCGCCGACGAGUUCCGCCUUGGUGAGCGCGUCGAAAUCGGACUCGACUUUGACGAUCUCGAUCAGAACUUUGACUACGUCAUCAACAAGUGCUGGGCGUUUUCGGACACCAAUGCUGAUUUCUUCCUUGUUGGCGCUCUGGACGACCAAACAAAUGGCUGUCCAAACUACGACUGGGUCACCUUAAACGACCAGGCCGAAAGUGCUUCUCUCACAAUUCCAAGCGGCUUUACUCGUCCCAAUUCAGUUUCCUUUCCAGUUUUUACUUUUGAAAACGAAGCGUCGCUCAACAUCAACUGUCAAAUCUUCAUUUGCGGGGCGAACUCGGCAGAUUGCAACAUCGACGUUAGCACUUGCUUCGCAGAUGAUCUGCCCGAUUUGUUGGUUUCGGGGCCGCUCCCUGGUCUUGGAAGAAAAAGGCGAAGAAGAAGCCUUGUUUCUGGCGAAUACGAUAAUCAAAAUCACAGAACGGUGGUUGGAACUUCGCUGAGAGUGAACAUCAGCGAGCGAUUGCCAAUAUUUGAAACCGUUCCCUUUCAAAAUUUGGAAAAUGCGGAAACCGAAAUCAAGGAAGACAACGUCCAAAUCUUUGAACAACUGCACCAAUUACUCAGCUCGAUGAAAGAUGUUUCAAGCACCUCGAAGGGGACAAAAAAUGAUUUCUCUGUCAGUUUAUGCUCGUUAAUUUUUGCCUCUCUGUUUAGACUCUGA